CGGCGGAGCGGCGGCAUGCGGCGGGGCCGGGGCGCAGGGCUGGCGGGGCUGGCCGCGCUGCUGCUGGUGGCUGUGGGCAGAGCCCAGGUGCAGCAGGAGCCGUCGGCAGAGACCACCGAGGACACCGGCAUCGCCAUCAGCUGCUCACACCCCAGCAUACAGAACUAUGACUUCAUCCAGUGGUACCGCCAGCUCCCGGGCCGAGGCCCCGCAUUCAUCACGAGCGGUCACAAAGGGUCCAGAGAGGUGCAGGACCCUCCGGGGCGGAUGUCGGUGGCGGCAGACCGCCGGUCCAGCGCCCUGUGGCUCGCCCGGCCCCGGCGCAGGGACGCGGCGGUGUAUUACUGCGCCGAAAUGCUGUGUGAUUAUGGUUCUGGCACUGGCAAGCUGACCUUUGGCUCAGGGACCAGGCUGUCCAUCCAGACCAAUGUUACACCAUCUCCUUCAGUAUACAAGCUGAUCUCUAAAGAUGAUGAGGAUUUGGAAAUGUGCCUUAUCACAGAUUACUCCCCUGGAAAGCUUAAAGGGACUGAUAAGCAGACAAGUGCUGUUGUGGAGGUGACAACAUCUGAGAGCAAACCAGAAGCGAGCUACCUGUCAACGUACUGGGCCAAGAAAGAUAAAAUGUGGUGUGGUGCAAAUCAUGAGGGCUUUGGAGAACUGGAGGCUGAGGAUCCUGAAAGUGGUGCCAGCACUGUCUGCGUUACAGGGAUAUCUCUACACUUCAGGACAGAUGAAAAUCUGAACAUGUUGUCCUUAUCACAUCUGAGCCUGAAAAUAAUUUCAAUGAAAGUAAUAAUUUUUAAUGUGCUGAUGACGAUGCUUAUGCGGAAAAAAAAGAAUGAAAGUAACCAGAUGGUGCAGUCCUGAGGUACCAAAAAUACCUGCUAAAAAAUCCUUACCAGAGCAUCGUGUGCAAGAGGGAACACAGGCAUUCCUGUUGCAAGGGAUAUCACUUGCUUUUUCUGUGUAUCUUGCCAGCCAUUGUAGUCUAAAUCACUUUAUUUGCUUUGUUAUAAAACUACUCAAAAAUAAGCUUUAAAUGUUCAGCAUUCUGCUCCCCUAGAUGCCUGACUGGUUUAGCAUGACAAUACCUCUUUUUGCAUGAAGCAUAGUUUGCUGUAACUAUAAAUUGCCAAACAUUAUUACUUGCAUUAAAAUUACACAUGAUUUCUGCUCGG